CGUCGGGGGAGACACUCGCCUGGACCGAUGUCUUCUGAACGUCGUUUCGGACAAAUGGAUCGCAAGCGUUCCGCUUCACCCCUUGCUCGCACCAAAGCAUUUCGCAAUGAAAAGCAUCCUGGCUCCUCGGGUUUUUCCAGCGGCGCACAUGGCCAGCGCUCUACUGCCGUGUGCGCCGUCUGUCUUGGGCGCCAUCACCACAAUUUCAUCGAGUGCUCUGCAGAGCGCUUGUGGGACAACUCUCACGCGGCAGUCAGCAAACGAGUCAGUCGUCAGCUGCUCAUACGAAGCACAGACAAGUCACUUUGCGUCGACUGGCAACGAGGGAAAGGCUGUGGAACCCGUUCACACGACGAACGACAUCUAUGUUCA